GGAAGUUGUUUUCGUUUGCUACCGACAAGGUCAUUGGCGAACUGCUCAAACGUGAACUAAAAGCAUGACGUUCGUCUGCUCUACAUGUAAGGUGGAUGUUUCUGUUGAUGAGAAAGUGAGCCACGUCAGGAGUGACUGGCAUGUCUAUAACCUAAAACGCGUAGUAUCUGGUCUCCCACCGAUAUCUCAAGAAAUAUUUUUGCAUAAGAAACAACUGAUCGAUUCUGAAGUACCAGAAGUUAAGAGGGAAACUUAUUGUAGUGCCUGCAAAAAAUGCUUCUCAAAUAGCAAGUCUUUUGAUGCACACUUGACAUCAAAGCGACAUCUUCACAACAGUAGCCUGUGUCGAAGGGAACAUCCGGCUACCACUACAACUGAGUCCACUGCAGAAAAUAGUCCUCCACAACCGUUACCACUUGGAUCCUGUUUAUUUUGCGAUCGAAUUGUAUCAGUGAAUUCUCUACCGAAUGAAUCACUCGAUAAAAUGCAACAGAUUGAUUUAGCCAAACGCGUUUUAAAUCACAUGUUUGAUGCACACAAAUUUACUGUCCCAUUUCCUGAGAAAUUAACUGAUCCUGCUGGAUUAUUGAGUGAAUUGGGACGAAUAGUUGGUGAAGAGCGUGCAUGUUUAUUUUGUGGUCGUCAAUUCUAUGGUAGUCGUCUAGAGAAAUCAAACAAUGCAGAAAUCUCCUUGUCCGCUGUUCGUAAUCAUAUGCUAGGUAAACCUGGUCAUAAACAACUUUGGUGUGGUACAGAAGAUCCUGUUCAAACUGCAUUAUUGAUAGCUGAAGCUGAAGAAGAAUCAGAUGAGGAUUCUGCGGAGAACUAUCCUAAAGUUGGUCUUGCAGGUGGUGAGCUAUUCAGUCAGUUUUACGAUCAGUCUGUUGUUGUUUCGCCUUUCUUACUGUCAGAUGAUGAAGAUGUCUACGAGGUACGACUACCGUCGGGUACUGUACUUGGUCAUCGAAAGAUGAAAACAGUCUACAAACAACACUUGAGCACAAAUAUGCUGCUUCCGUCAUUGUCUACUCUUACGACAAGCAAUGGAUCAAACCUGGCGAAUCGUACUGGUAACAAUCAAAAAACCGUUUCUAUUCUACAAAAUUCAGAAUUAAAAAUAUCAUCAGCUCAGAAAAGAGAUAGAGCAGAUUGUGUAAGACUUUUAAAUGAUCAACGCAAGUAUUGGGAUUUAACAACUGGCCUACAAAGCAAUCUCUGCAGUCGUAUGCGUCUACGAAGGCCAUAUUGAAAUGAAUCGUCAGAAAAAAAAUUUUGAUCAUCAGCUAACUAACUUGUCUUGACUUGUCUGAUUUUUUGAGACUUCUUUCAUUACAUACUUUUUUUCAGUAUCGUAUUUAUUAGUUUCUAAUUACGUACGUAUAUUGAAAUAAUAAUCUUGUGAUCUGUGGGGUCAGAAUGCAAAUACUUUUCACUCUUAUCAUAUAACUGGUUUUUAAAACUUCCACGUAUAAUAAUAAUAAUCACACAUAACAUCGCUACUCCGAGCAAAUGUACACAGUUUUCAUCUGAGGAGUUUAUUGCAAUGAUAACUUCCCCUUCGUACAAAAUCUUCAAAUAAAAUAUUAAUUAAUUGAAUAUAUUAUUUGCUGUGACACAGUUUCUGAGUUGAAGCUGUUAUCUACUCGUCGAGUAGUUAAUAGUCCUGACGCCGCGGAAAGAGGGAAAUCAGAAGA